UCAGUAGUUGUUUGGACGUCGCGAGGGAUCGUUGUUCGACACCGAGGAUAAACAAAUAGAACCCGGACCCGAAGGAUGGGCAUUUUUCGUGAAUUUCCCAUAGUUUUCAAUCUUUAUAAAAAGUAUAGUUAGACGCAGUUCAUUUUAUGGAAAAUGCGAACUCUCUGCCGGGCCCAAUCCCAACUGUAAAUAAUACACUGUAUAUUUGGAACGAAGCCAAGUCAUUACCAGCUCUUCACCUUCGCAUUUACACCAAGCGCAACGAUAAUAAUAAUUGCUGAAGUGUUGACAUUGGCGGAUCAGAAAUAAUACUCUGCAAGAAAGCAUCAUGAGCGAGAGUACCGAGUCGGUGAAAAAACAGUCUUUACCGAUCAUCGAGCAGAGACACACGCUGGUACGGCGUGUUUCUGACAUGUUCAGAGAUGGAAAAUCGAGCGGACCUCCACUCCUCUUUCGUCACGCAUCAAUGCAGCGCCUUCGUCAUUGCUGCCAGAAUUUGAACCUGUUUCCGUACCUGCUGUACUCAUUCGGCAAUUCGAAGUCUCAUCCCACUGUAAAAAAACUCCACAGAAACUUCAUACUGCUGAUGCACACCCUUUCGAUAAUCAUACAGAGCAUGCUGAACUCGAUACUCCAGUCGACCCCAGUGAAGAAUUCCGUCCGUUUCGCAAUCGGGUUCCAGCGAGUUCUUCUCAAACACCUCCAUACGCAAGGAUCGACCAGAUCCUCCGAGGCUUUCGCAUCACUUCGACGGACCUCCAAGUCACCGCAGACGACGCAAGAAAUAAAAAAUGAAGAAGAAGAGAAGUUUGCAAAGUUCAAACCACGUGAACGGAAGAGGAUCUCCCUUGUUCUUACGCUGGCCGUGUACUUUGCUCUUCUAGUACUCGCCUCUCAGCUCGUUGGUAUCAUCAGUGUUAUGCUCGUUGGCAAAUAUCCACCUGGUUUCAUAUUCCUAAUGUUAGCUCUACUCUUCCUUGGAUAUAUCACUUUGAAAAUAAUGGCAUUCGACAAAGGGGGCCAUGGAUUCAAAGAACAGAAGAGGAAAGCUGAGUGAUACUUUACCCUAGUCUUUAGAAUUUUUUACCAGCUUUCAUUUUUUAAGAAUAUUUUGUAAAUUUAGCUGUAACAACUGGCAUGUUCAGAAAUUACCACAUUUCUGUAUUCUAUUCGAUACGUUAUCUCCUCACCCUCAAAACUGCAGUUCUCCUCUGCAGACCGUAAUCUGCGAUAAAUAUUAUCGUGCUGUGACGAAAGCUUACAUCACGUGAAUGAUAUUCAUUCUUAAAAAAUUCGUUAUCAUUUAUCGUAUUGAAGAUGUAAUUAAAUUAUGAGUUUACAGAUUAAACAUCCAUUUGAAAAUAUUUUUGUGCCAGCUGUAGUGGUAGAAAAUGAACUGACUGAAUAUACUACUGGUAUCGAUAUAUCGAAAAUAUAUUUCGAGAUGAGCUCUGAACGUCUUCAACGUCAUAUGAGAAACUUAUUUGAUCAAUCCAUUUUGUGCUCUCAUGAAACGUCGGUAGUUUAUGAAAAUGUGAUAAAUACGUGAAUCCAGAUUAAUGUGCACGCAGAGUUUGCUGAUCUUUCAGAUAUGAUCGGUAUCGUUAACUCGAUUAUACCUUAGUUUGAAUUUCCACAGGUCAAGUCAGAUUAAAAUCACAUACACAUUUUUCGAGCGAAUUCCAGAUGUUUUCUAUCAAAUCCUAAACAGCAAAUUUAGAAUGGACUCGAGUGCUUCGUACAUGGAAACAUGCAAAUGGUUCUCGUGAUAAUGUUAUUAACAUGUGUGCAAGUUGUGUUGGAAGUAAUUUUAAAAGGCAAGGCUCGGAUUAAAGCUACAAAGUGGUAUAUAAUAAUUUACUUUGUUGGCAUAAGACUAAGCACUGCUUUGUGGCACUGAUUUGUAAAUAAAUAUUUCACAAGUAA